UUACCAUUGUAAUAUGGGUAGCUUGGAAGUGUAUGAAAACAAAACGUCUUCCUUCAAGGCCAGAGUAUGUGGCUAAGAGAAUAUGUGUGGUCAACACACCAUGCACAGUGGGAGGAAGCAUACACACAGCUGAAAAAAGACCUGCAUAUUAUCAAGGUUUAAUCCUGAAGGUGGGUGUUGCUAUUAUUGAUGAUGGUAAAAGACUGUACAAAGAUUAUGGGAUUAGCCUUCAUGGCUGUGUUGACUUGAGGCAUGUCUUGAAACGACUGAGAGGAGCUUAUCACUGUCCAUCUAGAGGUCUUAGAGGACUUGCAAAUGGCAUUCUUGGUGUUGACAUCAGCAAGAAUAAUAGUGUGCGCUGUGGAAACUGGGAGGCUGAAACUUAUUCACAGCAGCAGGAAGAAUAUGCGGCUACAGAUGCAGCGGUUGCUGUUGACAUCUUUUUAUCCAUGGUCUUCAGAAAGAUGAAACUACCUGCCUACAGUAAUGUUGACUACAAGAACAAGCAACAUUCAGAAUUGUCAGCUGCACCUAGCUCAUUAAGUGUUGUAGAUUUAUUCCAUGACAUCUCAGAAGAAUCUGUGAGAGAGCACCUUCAUUCAGAAGGCUUAUUAUACCAGAACAGUAAACAUUUUCCAACGGAGAUGUUUGACAUGCUAGAAGAUGAUGAGAAGGAGAACAUUUGGAAGUAUGCUCGUUCUUUGUGCCAAGGAAUUGUGGAAGCAGCCUAUGCCCAUCAGUUACAGGGAGGUAACUUGCGUUCAGUGCCAAAACAAGGAGGAAAACCCAAGAACAAUGCAUAUAGCUGCAGAAAGAGACCUUUAUGGGAUAACUGCCGACUACAGGCCCCAGACGGUUGCUUGUUGUGUACUUGUGAUCUCAAGAAAGCCCAGUGGUACCUGGACAAGGAACUCGGAGAUAUAGUUUGUGAAAGCCCCUUCACUGUCCGUCUUCGAUUCGAGCCAUCAAGCAGGCCGGAGUCUGAGAGAAAUUACUACCUCCAUGAGAAGCAGAAUGUCUGUGUUGUUUGUGGAUAUGACAAAGAUUAUGUGCGCAAAUUUAUAGUCCCAUUCGAAUAUAGAAAAUUUUUCCCAAGUGCUUUGAAGGAUCACAGUUCCCAUGAUGUUCUUCUACUGUGCACUGCUUGUCAUAGAAAGAGCAGUGAUUCUGAUGUAAUUAUGCGACUACAGUUAGCUGAAGAAUGUAAUGCACCUUUGGACUCGGGGCCUACCUCCAAAAUAUUCUUGGACCAUGAGCUGCAGAAAGUUAGAUCGGCAGGACGGGCCUUGUUGACAAGCAAAAAUUCUAUGCCUGAGGAAAGAGUUAUUGAACUUGAAAGAUGUCUGCAAGAUUUUUAUGGUGUUGAAAGUGUCACAGAAGAACUGAUCAAAGAGGCAGCAGCUACCAGUCCCAAGCAGCUGACAGAGAACUAUAUACCACAUGGCAAGAAAGUUGUGAAACACGUGGCCAAUAAUGGUGGACUUCUGACAUUCCAAAGAAGAUGGCGUCAACAUUUCCUAGACACUAUGAAUCCACAGUAUUUGCCAGACUUUUGGUCUGUUGAAUUCGUUCAGGAAGCUUGGAGUCACAGUCAACCGGCAUGA